AAAUGACACUUUUCGUGAAAACAUUCAUUGCCAAUUUGUCCUAUUAAUCGACAGGUAUAUGUGGAGAAAAAGGUAUAUUCAGCACAGGUAGUUUCUGUUUCAUUUCUCUCUAGGUGUUUUUAUUCCUCUAUAAAUGAAUCAAUUUAAUCUAGACGAAGUUCGUGAAGAAACAGAAUGGGAACAAUGUUCACGUAAUCCAGAUGUGGCAAGAUUUGUAAAAUCUAGAAAUUUAGUUGAAAGAAAUCGAUUACAGUCGUUAAGAUCUCAAUUAGACAAACAGUUAGAAUGGGAAUUGAAACGGCUUUCAUUGGAGAGACGUGAAUUUUCUGAUGUGUUGGAAAAUCUGCGUAAACGUCAUGAAAAAGUUGAUCAAGGAAAUGUUCGAACAUUAAAGAAUAAUCUGAAUAGUAAUUUUUAUAUAUGUGAAAGAAGUAGAAAACAUGACAGAUACCUGAAUUCAACUAAUGUGAUGAAUGAUAUUUUACCUAAAGCACUAUUCGAUCAUAUGAACUCCGUCAAUACUACAAACAGUGUUAUUAAUGGUAGUAGCAUAAAUCCAUCUAAAUUGCCUAUCCCACAAGUGAUUUCAUCGCAAGACCUAACUCGACUUGUUAAUAACACUACCAAUAAACAUAAUACUACUAAUAAUAAUAAGCAGUUAAAUCGCAUGCCUACAAUACAAACAGAACUGUUAAAUCCAACUGAAAAAGCUUCACAGCCAAGUAUUUGUCACUUAAUGUAUAGUGAUUCCGGCAAAUGGAUACGUUUACACAAAUCAAAUCUGAACAUAUCAGCUCCUUCAAGCGCUUCAAAGUCAUCCGCUUCAUCAAAAUGCACAAAAUACGCAAAAUCAUGGUCUGAACAUUAGAAGAUUCAAACAAAACAUAUCAACGUUCAGUAA